AUGGCUUCGCUGCCUCUCGAGCUCGUGGAGCAAAUCUGCUCAUUACUCUGCUUCCACUGUCAACACCCAGGGACUUUUUCUGACGCCGAAAGCGACGACUAUCGACUCAGCAAAAGGGCACUAUCACGACUUUGUCGCGUUUCCAGAGGAUUUUGCGCUGUUGCCCAGCCGUUCCUUUUCCACGACUACGCCACGGGCGGGCUACUUCAAAGGCAUGGUUGCGGUAUCGGAGCACAACCUAGCAAGCCCUCACAAGACGACGAAUACGAAGACAAGCUGCCCGUCUUCCUGCGCAGCAUCAUACAGCGUCCGGAUCUAGCAUCUCACAUCAGAAUGCUACAGCUGGUAGAGAACGACGUGAUCAGAGGGUGCACGCCAGAACUAGCUCCACUCCUCAUCAAAGCGACCGAAGAUGCUGGCGCGCUACGGCACGCUCCGAGCAGGGGCUAUCUCCAAACGAAAACAUGGAGUGGGUUCUCCGGUCAGCCAGAAGCUUUGUUGCGAAUCCAGCGACGGAAGAUUCACCACUGGCUCGGGGAGUUGGCAAUUCUGCUAUCGCCGAACCUCGCUAUGCUUCUCAUAGCCCGUGAUAGCUUUGUGGACUAUGAGCAUAUCAGAGAUAGUCGGGCUUCCUUCCCUGCACUCCGAUCAAUUGCUCUCAGGGGCGUCAGGAAGAAUCAUCACAUUUAUGAGGCCUCUGCGCUCUUCGCCGCGGCGCCAAAUCUUGAAAACUUGCAUUCAAUGCAUUGCAGUCUCUUCGACGGUCAAAGUCCUUGGACUCUCGUGAAGCCUUGGACGCUGAAGUUGGGCAAUCUUCGGAGAUUGUCGCUGAGCGAGAUAGGCUUUGAAGAUCUCAAUCUAUUGGUGAAGUGCUGCCCGAGUUUGGAGGAGCUGGCAGUCACAGCCAAAGAAAUCUACCGCAACUCGGGAUUCGACUAUUGGGAUAUGUCAAAAUUGCUUCAGGCAUUUGACCCGGUUCGCCAUACUCUACGGAAACUGCGUCUUUCUCACGAUUGUAGUCGGUCGUCUAGGGCAGACUCCCGGCAAGUUGCGUCUGGCGGGAUAGCUUGGUCUUUCCGCUCCUUUGAGCAUCUAGAGGAGCUUGUAUUUGAUCAAGCGGCAAUCGACAAUACCCCAAGAGCAGUUCUCUUGGAAUAUGGAGUGGAUCUAUACACCGAAUGGAGGUUGGCCGAAGUCUUGCCAGCGUCCAUUCGUCGGGUUGAGAUCUUGCAUGCAGACCAAAACUGCAAGGAAAAGCUCAGGCGGCUUGCCGAAGAAUCUUUGUUCACGUUACCCAAUCUGAAGGUUGUUCAGGUCAACUAUGACGACUUCAGAGAGAAAAGCGACCUUGAUGUGCAUUGCGUAGACACUAUGAAUGCCCGAUUCCAAUCGCUGGGCAUCGAAAUGAUAUGGAGUACAGGGUGUAUCAAGAGGGAAGUAACGGCUUGA